CAAACUAGAACAACAAUUGAUGUUGGAAAGAUAUCUGACAUUUUAACUAAAAGUAAUUCUAUAAACAGUUUUUGUACUGAAUAAUUUAUUUUUCAUAAUUUUGCUAAUAAAAUAUGAAAAGUUUUUAGUUUAUUUCAACUUUUAUAAAAAAAUCUGAAUCCAAAGAAGACCAUAUAAUGGAUGAUUUAAAUCCCUUAGCCGGCACAGCCCAUUUAUUGGAGGAAGUCGACAAAAAGUUGAUGGUGUUGCUGCGCGAUGGCCGCACUCUUAUUGGUUACUUACGUUCUGUAGAUCAAUUUGCGAAUUUGGUGUUACAUCGCACCAUUGAGCGUAUACAUGUAGGCAACGAUUAUGGCGAUAUACCACGAGGAGUUUUCAUCAUACGUGGAGAGAAUGUGGUGUUGCUGGGUGAAAUAGAUCGUGAAAAAGAGUCUAAAUUGCCGCUGAAAGAAAUAUCGGUUGAUGAAAUAUUGGAUGCACAACGUAGGGAACAAGAACAAAGGCAAGAAAAACAUCGUCUGAUAUCAAAAGCAUUAAAGGAACGUGGUUUAGCGGUGAAUACUGAUAUAAUCAAUGAAGACUUUUGUUAAGUUACAUUUUAUAUUGUGACAAUUUAUGUAUGAAAUAUUGUAAGAGACUAAAAGUAAGCUUGAUAAUGUAAAAAUAUGUUUGUUUUCUUUUAAUAAUUGUGUACUUGAAACAAACACUUGGUAAUAGUCCUGAAAUAUUACUUUUUCACUGAAUUGAUGGAUCAUAGAGAACCUCAAAUUAUGUACUAUUCACAACACAUAUUAUAUAUUAUUGUCUAAACGCAAUGGAUUAUUAUUAAAGCUAGUUUUAAUUAUGAUUAUGGUCGAAUGA